GCAGGACAUGAACCUCGCCACGCCGGCGCGGAGUUCCCCAAACUCCGCACAAAAUAAUAUUUUCCUCCUGCUUUGAGGCGGGGGAAACAGAUAAAGGCUACUUACUGCCCACCCUACUUCAGCUGAAGAAUUUUGAGUCUGUUGAUGUCAUCUGAGCUUUAGAACUAGUCUAGUCCAAUCACUCAAGUCUGUCAGAGUUCAUCAAUCGCCUUACACACAAGAACCAAAAAGAACAACGAAAACAGAAACAAAAACCCAAGUAAAAAAAAUGGGCGACACAUCCUUAGCCGCAACAGCUGCAGCGGCCCUCUUCAGGGUCGACGGCAUCGUCGCCGUCAUAACCGGAGGCGGCACGGGCAUCGGGCUCAUGAUGACCAAGGCGCUGCUCAACAACGGCGCGAAAAAGGUCUACAUCCUCGGCCGACGCAUGGAGGUGCUCGAAAAGGCCGUCGAAGAGUGCGGGGCCGCCGCCAAGGGCGUGGUCGUGCCGGUGCAGUGCGACGUCACGUCCAAGCCGUCCAUCCAGGGCGCGGUGGACGUGGUGACGUCCGAGGUGGGCUACGUCAACCUCGUGGUGGCCAACUCGGGCGCCUUUGGGCCGCCGAACCGCUACGACCCGACCAAGACCAUCUCGGAGCUGAGGCAGACGCUGUUUGACGACGUCGACAUGAACGAGGUGACGCAGACCUUCCACAUCAACGUCACGGGCGCCUAUUUCACCAUGCUGGGCUUCCUGGAGCUGCUCGACGCCGGCAACAAGUCGGCCGUCGACAAGGGCACGUAUGGUGCGCCGCUGACGCCUGGUGGGACGGCGCCGUCGAUCCAGAGUCAGGUGGUUUUUAAUGCCAGCGUUGCUGGUUAUCUCAAGUCCAUCAGGUCGCCGCCUUCGUACGGCGGGAGCAAGGCUGCGCUCCUGCAGUUGACCAAGGUUGCCGCGACCAUGCUGGCGACGUAUGGAAUUCGUGUCAAUGGACUGGCUCCAGGAUUAUUCCCCUCAGAACUGGCAUCCGUCCUCAUUGGAUCAAGGAAUCCCGAGACGGAGAGCCCUGACCUUCCUACCUUUAUCCCCGCUAGGAAGUUUGGCGGCGACGAGGAAAUGGGAGGGACCAUACUGUACCUCGCUAGCCGUGCUGGCUCCUACUGCGAUGGACUUAUCCUGGUGGUGGAUGGCGGCCGGUUGGCGUUUACCAAUUCCACAUACUAGGCUACCGUUCUGAGCUUAGAUUCGUGUCUAUAGAUACUGAGAAUGAAAAGUCUAAACUGAACAAUGCCCGAAAAUAUUCUG